GGGGGAGCCUGGGUCCCGGGAAGCCGCCCCCGCCCCCCAGCCCGGCCGCGCGGCUCGCGCCCCCCGCCGGGUCCCCACCUCCGCGCCCGCCCCGCGAGCCGACCGGCCGACCGGGGCCCGCCCCCGACGCCCACCAUGUACGCCUUUGUGCGGUUCCUGGAGGACAACGUCUGCUACGCGCUGCCGGUGUCGUGCGUGCGCGACUUCAGCCCCCGCUCGCGGCUGGAUUUUGACAACCAGAAGGUGUACGCCGUGUACCGGGGCCCGGAGGAGCUGGGCGCCGGGCCGGAGAGCCCCCCGCGCGCCCCUCGCGACUGGGGCGCGCUGUUGCUCCACAAGGCCCAGAUCCUGGCGCUGGCAGAAGACAAAUCUGACCUUGAAAACAGUGUGAUGCAGAAGAAAAUAAAAAUCCCCAAACUUUCUCUUAAUCACGUAGAAGAAGAUGGGGAGGUUAAAGAUUAUGGGGAAGAAGAUUUACAGCUUAGACACAUCAAGGAUUGUCUGGGGAAAUAUUGAGCUGCAGUCCAAGAAAGUCCCAGCUGCCCUUGCCUGAACUGAUUCUCGUUGUCCUACACAGAGACCUGAGGGGCGGAAGCCGAGUGAGGUGGCGCACAAGAGCAUCGAGGCAGUGGUGGCCCGGCUAGAGAAGCAGAACGGCCUGAGCCUGGGCCCCGGCACGUGUCCAGAAGAGGUCUUCGUGGAGGCCUCGCCGGGCACAGAGGACAUGGACAGUCUAGAGGAUGCCGUUGUGCCCCGGGCUCUGUAUGAAGAGCUGCUGCGAAACUACCAGCAGCAGCAGGAAGAGAUGCGCCAUCUCCAGCAGGAGCUGGAGCGGACUCGGAGGCAGCUGGUGCAGCAGGCCAAGAAGCUCAAGGAGUACGGGGCACUUGUGUCCGAAAUGAAGGAGCUUCGCGACCUCAACCGCAGACUCCAGGACGUGCUGCUCCUGCGGCUUGGCAGCGGUCCUGCCAUUGACCUGGAAAAAGUAAAGUCAGAAUGUCUCGAGCCCGAACCGGAGUUACGGAGCACUUUCAGUGAGGAAGCAAAUACGUCGUCCUAUUACCCCGCUCCUGCGCCUGUCAUGGACAAGUAUAUCCUAGACAAUGGCAAGGUCCAUCUGGGAAGCGGGAUUUGGGUUGAUGAGGAGAAAUGGCACCAGCUCCAAGUAACCCAAGGAGAUUCCAAGUACACAAAGAACUUGGCAGUCAUGAUUUGGGGAACAGAUGUUCUGAAAAACAGAAGCGUCACAGGAGUCGCCACAAAAAAAAAGAAAGAUGCAAUCCCUAAGCCACCCCUCUCGCCUCACAAACUCAGCAUCGUCAGAGAGUGUUUGUAUGACAGAAUAGCACAGGAAACUGUGGAUGAAACUGAAAUUGCACAGAGACUCUCCAAAGUCAACAAGUACAUCUGUGAAAAAAUCAUGGAUAUCAAUAAAUCCUGUAAAAAUGAAGAACGAAGGGAAGCAAAAUACAAUUUGCAAUAAACUUUGGAUUUUUCAUAAAGCCUUUGUGUUUUCCUUGUGUGGCGUGUGAUAUGCGAGCGAUGGUGCCGUCCAGAUCAGACCCCACCAUGCAUGGUGGUGUGUGGACAGGGAGCCAGUUGGGUUCUGAGGUCAGCUGGUUAUUCUAAGCUUGGACUUACCACUGUGGAGAUGGCAGAUGGAUUUGCUGAGACCCAGGCAGCGGCCCCAGUACUGGUGGUGUUCUGGGGAUGGGAAGAGCACUCUUUUCAAGGAGAAUAAGGUGUCUCUGAGUUGCCUGUCACUUGUCUGAGAUUUAAACUGAUGUUUCUACAAACCGUCCAAGGAUGUCUCUUUCUGUUCUCUGUUUUGUUCUAUAAUAAAGCUUCCUUAAUUCUUUGA